AUGGGCAAGCUGCUGCUUUUCUUGGCGAGGCUCGCCGUGGCGCGAAGCAGCGCCGAGCUCCGCGCCGCCGCGGACGCCUUGUCCACCUGGGAGCCGGGGAUCGCCGGAAGGCCAGAGCAGCUGCCUGAGGAGCCGUCCAGGGCCGCGCCGCCGCCCACGCCCCGCGCCGCUUCCGGCGCCGCUUCCGGCGGCUCCGGCGCCGCGGUGGCGGCGGCGGCUGCGGCCUCGGCCAUCGCGGCGGCGGCGGAGUCGCACGCGGCGCUGGCGGACUGCUGGCGGGACGGCUUCACACCGGAGAUGUGCUGUGGAGCGAAGCGAUCGGCAGGCUGCUGGGAUGCCGUGUUCACUCGAGAGCGAUGCUGUAAGCCGGACACCGCAGCUCCACUGCUUUCGGCGGAGGUGGCGGCGUUGGUGGAGUCUGUGCGGUCCAAGGCAGAUUCGCCGGAGUCCGUGGCCAAGUCAGAGGCAGAUUCACCGGAGUCCGUGGAGUCCGUGGCCAAGGCGAAGGCACCGGAGCGCCAGAGUCGGUCCGGCACCGGGGACUUUCUGCAGCGUGAGGCGCUGCGGCGCUGGCCGGGCUACUUCCGGCGCGCUCGGGAGGUGCUGCUUUCGCGCAGCGAAAGCGGCGCGGAGGGGAAAGACCCGGUCCAGGAGAUCCGGGGCCCCCCAAAACCGCUCAUUGCCAACAUUGCCGGCCGCGCGCACAUGUACCACUUGGUCUAUGAGGCGGUGAACCAACUCAUCGGAGGCCUCCAACUGGCCGCGGAGGCCAUCGACCCGCUGCCCCAUGCCUUCGCAGAGGCCGCGCAGCUGCUGAGGCUCCUGGCGACCAGGAGUCUGGGCACGCCCUUCGAGCACGAGGACUUUGCGGCACAGGCGGAGGCUGCGGCGGCGCUAGGCGGCUCGAACCGCACGGAGCCCAAAGCGCGGGCCUUGCGCCACACCUGGGUGCAGUACCUAGACGAGGGCUUGGCGAAGGCUUUGUGGCGCUCGGAGGGCGGCAAUAGCUUCAACCCCUCGGAGGUGCACAUGGAAGGAACGCAUCGAGGCCUGUGGCAGCUCUUCCCGACCUACGUCAUGGCCAAGGCCUUGGGCGGAAAGUUCACCCCCGGCGUCUGCCAGAAAUGCGGAGACUUCACGGAGGUGGUGCUGCAGAAGUACCACCAGUUCUGGCAAAGGGGCUUCGCAGACCACGGGCCGACGGAGGUGAAUAACGCCUUCUUCAACUGGCAGCUGACCCACGAGGCAGAGCAGGACGCGGAUCGCGCUAUGUGGCCGGAGCUCUACCGAGACCCGGACUUCCAGGAGCUGAAGUGGCUCCUGAAGCUCGCCUGCUUGGAGUACCUGCAGCAAAUCUUCGCCACCUCGCUCACCAGCGUGGAGCUGAACCAGAUGGAGCUGUCUGUGUGGGCCUCCGUGACCAAGCCCCACACCCAGGAACUGCCGGGUUUAGCCUUCCACGACCACCCGCUGGCGCUGGUCAGUGGGGUCUUCUACGCGGACGCCGGGGGAGACGCGGUGAGCGAGCGCACCCCCACGGUCUUCGCGGACCCGAGGGGCACCAGGCCCUUCCGGUACACGAGCGGCGAGGCCAUGGAGCCAGUGGCGCCCUUUCACCGCCUCGCCUACUCCCACGCCGUCACGGGCCUCGCCUUGGUCUUCCCAUCUUGGCUGGUGCACGGGGUGGCGCCCCACCGGGGCUCCCGGGACCGAGUGGUGUUCGCCUACAACCUGCACACCACGCCUGGCACCACACUCUCCAGCCGAGAGGCCUUCGCGGAUUUGCUGCGGCGUCUAUCGCGGCAGCUGAGCGAGGAAGCGGUGGAGCGGCUAAUGAAGGUCGUGGAUCGAAAUCACGAUGACAGCAUCCAGUACGAGGAGUUUCUGGACUGGUGCCUCGGGGGCGGCGAUGGAUCGAGCGAAGUGCUUGUUCUCGGGCGCCUGAACAACUGCAAGAAGGUGACGACCUAUGUGCGACAGGAGGCCCUGGCUUUCCUGGGCCCACCAGGUCGAUCGGCACUCUUUCCAGACUUCUCGGAGGCCUUGCGCGGGGAUCCGGAGAUCUGCCUGAAGGCGAUGGGGGAGCUCUCCGUGCCCAUGAGGUACGCCACGGAGCACAUCCGGGACAGCAAAGAGGUGGCGCUGGCGCUGGUGAAGCAGCACUCCCGGAACUUCCGAUACGCCUCUGAGCGGCUCAGAAAUGACAAGGACUUUGUGAUGUCAGUGAUUCAGACGCAUUUGGCGUGCCCCUGGUGCGUGGAGGACAUCUUUGAGCAUGUGUCCCGCGUGAUCAACGGGGACCUCGAGAUCAUGAUGGCAGCGGUGCAGCUGCAGCCCCUGGCCUUGCGCUUCGCCACCCCCAAGCUCCGGGACUCCAAGGAGCUGGUCCUCGCAGCGGUGACUUCGAAGCGUUGCACCCGCCACUCCGACGCCCUGGGCAAGGACUUCUCCUUGUGGUUCCCCAAGGAGGAAUUUGCCGGCGACAAGGAGGUCAUGCUUGUGCUAGUGCGAAAGAUGCCGCUGCUGCUGAACAAAGCCUCCAAGAAGUUGCGGGGUGACCGAGAUCUGGUGGAAGCCGCCCUCCACGGGGACGGCGACGCCUUAGAGUUUGCCUCCGAAGAGUUGCGCGCGGACCGCAGCAUAGUGAGUUUGGCCUUGGAGCACGCCGAGCCCGGGCGCGACGUGCUGCAGUUCGCGGCGGAAGAGUUGCGGCAGGACGUGGAGCUCUUGGCACUGCAGGCGGUCGCGCGGAAGCGCCGCGCGGAAGAGGCCUCCAAGCCUCUGGCCCUGGCCAAGCUGAAUGCCUCCGGCCAGCACUUCGCCAGGACUCGCGACUUGAUGUCCUUGCUGGAUGAGAUUGAGCAGGAUGAGGUGUGA